GAAUGGAGGCAAUGAUAUAAGAGCUUGCAAUUUCUUCAGCAUUGUGGGACGUGUGGCCAAAAGGGUCAGGCUGCUCCCUUCCUUAAUAUUCAAUUGAUCUUAUUUAGUGUGUGCAUUUCCUCUUUUUACAGGCAACGAUGAGCGCCGGAGGGGGAUUGGUAACCAAUCGUGGACGACGUUUCAAAUGGGCCAUUGAAUUGAGUGGUCCAGGCAGUGGUGGUAGAGGCCGAAGCGACCGUGGCAGCAGCCAAGGAGACACCCUCUACCCCAUAGGCUAUUCAGAUAAGCAGGUGCCUGACACAAGUGUUCAGGAGACAGAUCGCAUCCUGGUUGAAAAGCGCUGCUGGGAUAUUGCUCUUGGUCCCUUGAAGCAAAUCCCUAUGAACCUAUUCAUCAUGUACAUGGCAGGGAAUACAAUCUCUAUCUUCCCCACCAUGAUGGUCUGUAUGAUGGCCUGGAGGCCCAUCCAAGCACUAAUGUCCAUCUCUGCUACCUUCAAGUUACUUGAAAGCUCAAGUCAGAAGUUUCUUCAGGGAUUGGUAUAUUU